UUAUUAUUAUUAAUAAUAAUAAAAAUUGAGGCUGGGUGGCUAUCUGUCAGGGUUGCUUUGCUUGUGCUUUUGGUGCACAAAGGCAGAAGGGGGUUGGACUCAAUGGCCCAAGGGUUUCUUCCAACCCUCUUUAUUAUUAUUAUUAUUAAUAAUAAUAAAAAUUGAGGCUGGGUGGCUAUCUGUCAGGGUUGCUUUGCUUGUGCUUUUGGUGCACAAAGGCAGAAGGGGGUUGGACUCAAUGGCCCAAGGGUUUCUUCCAACCCUCUUUAUUAUUAUUAUUAUUAUUAUUAUUAUUAUUAUUAUUAUUAUUAUUAUUAUUAUUAACAUUGAGGCUGGGUGUCCAUCUGUCAGGGGUGCUUUGCUUGUGCUUUUGGUGCACAAAGGCAGAAGGGGGUUGGACUCAAUGGCCCAAGGGUUUCUUCCAACCCUCUUUAUUAUUAUUAUUAUUAUUAUUAUUAUUAUUAUUAUUAUUAUUAUUAUUAACAUUGAGGCUGGGUGUCCAUCUGUCAGGGGUGCUUUGCUUGUGCUUUUGGUGCACAAAGGCAGAAGGGGGUUGGACUCAAUGGCCCAAGGGUUUCUUCCAACCCUCUUUAUUAUUAUUAUUGUUAUUAUUAUUAUUAUUAUUAUUAUUAACAUUGAGACUGUACUUGUUCCUUUUUUUAUUUCAAAAUAAAACAUGUGCCAUGUGCAUAGGCAUUUGUUCAUAUAUAUAUAUAUUUUUUAAAAAAACUAUAGUCCGGCCCUCCAACGGUCUGAGGGACUGUUAAGUGGCCCCCCGUUUAAAAAGUUUGGGAACCCCUGAUCUAUUUAUUUUUUAUUUAUUUAUUUACAGUAUUUAUAUUCUGCCCUUCUUACCCCGAAGGGGACUCAGGGCGGAUCACAUUAUAACACACAUAGGGCAAACAUUCAAUGCCCAUAAACACAUCAAACAGAGACCGAGACAGACAGACGCAGAGGCAAUUUAACCUUCUUCUGAGGGGAUGUUCGAUUCUGGCCACAGGGGGGAGCAGCUGCUUCAUCAUCCACUCUGACGGCACUUCCUCAUUCCAGGUCGUAAAUUAGUUAAUCUUGCCUCCCCACUUUAUAAGUGGUACCUUAUCUCCUACUUGAUAGAUGCAACUAUCUUUCGGGUUGCUAGGUCAGCAACGAGCAGGGGCUAUUUUUUAUUUUUAAUUGACGGGUGCUCACCCCGCCACGGGCUGGCCUCGAACUCAUGACCUCAUGGUCAGAGUGAUUUAAGGCAGCUGCUCAACAGCUGCGCCACAGCCCGGCCCCUAGACACUAGACUGGUAUUUAUACUUCCUUGCCUUCCAUCCACUCCACACCUUUCAAGGACUGGAUGCUGCAGACCAGUGGAGCAUCAUUUCCUUUUGCUCCAUAACAGGGAAGGGAUUGGGGGGAGAGGGGUGGGGCACCACGUGGACUUUGGGGCCUUGCCUUUCUUGGGAGGAGAAGGAAGGAAGGAAGGAAGCAGGAGAGGAAGGCUCUGGCAUCAUUUGAGGAAGUGGCCCUGUGUUUCUCUGAGACGGCGUUGUGUGUCCUGAAUCAGGUCUAGUGGGCUUCAUGUGCGGACAAUACAAUGGAGACCUGUGAGAACAUGCCCUCUGGAAACCCGGGGAAGAAUGAGAACCACGGGGAGCCAGCUGUAACAAAGCCUGUCAUGGAAACGCAGGAGCUUGGAAAGGAAAACAGAAUGAAAACAGAAUUCCCAACUCAAGUGAAAAAUCCAAAGACCUUCUCUUCCUUCCAGCAGGCUGAUCAUUCUGAACCUCCAACUUCAGAAUCAAAUCCAAUGGAGUGUUCUGAAUGUGGGAGAAUUUGCAUAUGCCAUUCACAAUUAGACAUAGAUGCCAGGCUCAGCAAAGGAGACAAAUGCAUAGAAUGUGGAAAUAGUGUCAGUCCAUGUGAUCAUCUACAUUCACCUCAAAAAACUCACACAGAAGAGAAACCAUAUCAAUGUACGGAAUGUGGAAAGAUCUUCAGUUGCAGUAACACUCUGCGUAUCCAUCAGAGGACCCACACGGGGGAGAAGCCUUAUAAAUGCAUGGAAUGUGGGAAGAGUUUCAGUCAAAAUGGAUCAUAUAUUAAUCAUCUAAAGAUUCACACAGGGGAGAAACCAUACAAAUGCAUAGAGUGUGGAAAGUGCUUCAGGGAGAGUGGAACCCUUCGUGGCCAUCAAAGGACCCACACAGGGGAGAAGCCAUAUAAAUGCAAGGAAUGUGGAAAGAGCUUCAGGGAGAGUGGGACGCUUCGUCUCCAUCAAAGGACCCACACAGGGGAGAAGCCAUACAAAUGCAUGGAAUGUGGAAAGAGCUUCGUUCGGAAGGCACAUCUGCGUUCCCAUCAGAGGACUCACACCGGGGAGAAAAGUAUCGAUACUGGAAAGAGACCUUAUGAAUGCAUGGAUUGUGGAAAGAAUUUCCGUCGGAGUGCGCAUCUGCGUAGCCAUCAAAGAAUACACACAGGAGAGAAGCCAUAUCAAUGCAUCGAAUGUGGAAAGAGCUUCCGUGAUAUUUCAACAUAUCAUAAACAUCUAAGGACACACACAGGAGAAAAACCAUAUAAAUGUAUAGAUUGUGGAAAGAGCUACACUGACGGUGCACAACUUCGCAUGCAUAAAACAACACACACAGGAGAGAAGCCAUAUAAAUGCUUAGAAUGUGGAAAGAGCUUCAGGUGGAGUGGGCAGCUGCGUUGCCAUAAAAGAAUACACACAGGGGAGAAGCCAUACAAAUGCAUGGAAUGUGGAGAAAGCUUCAUUAAUAGUGGAGCAUAUAAUAGUCAUCUAAGGACCCACACAGGGGUGAAACCAUAUCAAUGCAUGGAAUGUGGAAAGAGCUUCACUCGAAAUCACUAUUUGUAUUCCCAUCAAAGAUUGCACACAGGAGAGAAGUCAUAUGCAUGCAUGGAAUGUGGAAAGAGUUUCAGGUGGAGUCAAUCUCUGCAUCGCCAUCAAAUAUCCCAUACAGGGGAGAAGUCAUAUCAAUGCAUGGAAUGUGGAAAAUGUUUCAGUAAUAACGGAUCAUAUAAUAAUCAUGUAAUGACCCACACAAGGGAGAAGACGUAUCAAUGCAAGGAAUACGGAAAGAGGUUCAGUGAUAGUGGAUCGUGUAAUAAUCAUCUAAGGACCCAUACAGGGGAGAAGCCAUAUCAAUGCAUGGAAUGUGGAAAAAGUUUCGGUCGGAGUGAACAACUGCGUUCUCAUCAAAGGACCCACACAGGGGAGAAGCCAUAUCAAUGCAUGGAAUGUGGAAAGAGUUUCAGGUGGAGCCAAUCUCUGCGUUGCCAUCAAAUAUCCCACACAGGGGAAAAGCCAUAUAAAUGUAUGGAAUGUGGAAAAAGUUUCAGUGAUAAUGGAGCAUAUAAUAAGCAUGUAAGCAUCCAUACAGGGGAGAAGCCAUAUCAAUGCAUGGAGUGUGGAAAGAGUUUCCGUCGGAAGGCACAUGUGCAGUCCCACCAAAUGACCCACACAGGAGAGAAGCCAUAUAUGUGCAUGGAAUGUGGAAAGAGUUUCAGGUGGAGUAAGCAGCUGCAUUGCCAUCAAAUAUCCCACACAGGGGGAAAGCCAUAUAAAUGUAUGGAAUGUGGAAAGAGGUUCAGUGAUCCUGGAUCAUAUAAUAAUCAUCUAAUGGCUCAUACAGGAGAGAAACCAUAUAUGUGCACAGAAUGUGGGAAGGCCUUCAGCAGGAUUACCUCGUGUUGUAAACAUCUAUUGACUCACAUAGAUGAAACGGUGUGAAGCAUGAAAGGUGGAAUGAAAUUCAGAUGAAAUAAUUCAUGUAGUUCCUCUAGUUCCUUAGAAUUUACCACCUUUUUCCAGCAGCUAGAGUUUGAGGUCUUUGUUGAAAUUCCUCAAAAUGACUUUCUAAUGGCAAACUCAUCUCUUCUAUUUCAUGUAUUAAACACUUGUUUAAUACAUGUUUUUUCCCAUGUAUAUAUUUUUAUAAUGACACUGAAUGGCACCUACAAUAAACUUGGUUUUUACAAGUUC